AAAAUCAAAGAAAUUUAGAAGGUUUUCAGCUAUGGAGAUUAAGUUCCAAGGUGAUGAGUCGACCCACGAACACGGCGAACACAAAACACCCCUUCUGCGAAAUUUGGCAGAAACACCAGAAACCGAAAGGAAAACGCUCAUACAGCAAGCGAUAAGUCAGACGUUCCAAAGCACAGCACAUUUGGCUAAUCUUUUACCCACCGGCACCGUCCUCGCUUUCCAACUCCUCUCGCCGAUCUUCACCAACCAAGGCGACUGCGACUACGUGGGGCGGUCCAUGACGGCCGCCCUCGUAUUCCUUUGCGGUCUGUCGUGUUUCGUUUCCAACUUCACGGAUAGUUUCAGGGACAAGGAUGGGAAUGUGUGCUACGGUUUGGCCACGAUCAAGGGUCUGUGGGUGAUCGAUGGUUCGGCCACGCUCCCGCCUGAAUCCACGGCGAAAUAUAAGCUAAGGUUCAUCGAUUUCGUCCAUGCUUUCAUGUCGAUAAUGGUGUUUGCGGCGGUGGCGCUGUUUGAUCAGAAUGUGGUGAGUUGCUUUUAUCCGGUGCAGUCGAGUGAGGCUCGAGAGAUACUCACGGCGUUGCCUGUUGGGAUAGGGGUUUUGGGGAGUAUGUUGUUUGUUGUUUUUCCUACUACACGCCAUGGAAUUGGGUUUCCCCUGUCAGCGAAUUAGCCAUUCCGCUCCCCCCACCCCACACCUUUCAUUAUGAUAUACAUGUGAAUAGAACAACUAUACAUGCUUAUGUAUACGUAUAUAUUCCUAUGUUUCCAUGCCUAAAAACUACUUUUUAUCAUUCA